GAUUGGUCGACGCCCCCGUGCGCCUGAACCACGACCCUCAAGUGGUAAGUGUGGACACCGCGCCAACGCUGCUGAUGCUCCGGCGCAUGGACCUGCUUCCGCUCUGCAGGCUCCUCGACAACAUCCGUGAGCUCCAAAGUGUGCUGCCGAGCCUGUCUUCCAAGGAGGCCCGACCGGAGGACGCCCCGCAACUACGGAGCUCAGUGUCGCAUAGCCAGGCGCCGAAGCCCGCUCCGCGUCGGCAGCUUUUUCUGCGUGCCGACAUCGAGGUGCGCUUGGCCGAGUUGCCGGGAUGCCCCUCCCUGAACCUGCGCUGUGUGCCAUCGCGCGAGCUGGUGCAGGGUCACGCCCGACUGUCCAUGCGGCUCAAGGAGCUGGCCCUAGAGUUGUUGGAGGCCUCGGCAGAAGGUCAUGGCGCAUAUUCCAAGGCCUCCGCGCGCUUGGCCUUCGAGGGCCUCCGGCUAACGCUGCAGAGCGCGGCGGCGGGCACUGAAGUCAGCGCCACGGUGGACAACAUCUCGGCCACCCACGGGACGGAGCAACAGAUGUGGCUGCGGAUGAUGGCCUCCAGCAUGCACCAUCUUCACUUCAAGUACUGUGCCCGCAACCUGUUGGUCUUUUCCAUGGAGCCGACGGCACUUCGCGUGCACUCCGCUUGGAUGAAGCCCGUGGCGUCGCUUCUCUUCGGCGUAGGGUGGUGGCGGAAUGCCAGUCGCCUUCAUGAUCCCGAUGCCGGCUGGAAUGGGCUGGGCCUCACAGCGGCAGUGCCCCAGGCCGACCGUGGCGGUGGGAACGCGGACUCGGUGCGUCCGCUGCUGACCGGCGAGGACCUCGCACUCAAGCAAUGGAUGGGCACGGUCUGGCAGCUGCACGGGGAGCCCAGCGUCGACGCGGAGGUGACUUCUGGGUGA